CUCUAUAUAGAGCAACUUUGACCCUCACCGUCAGCAGCAUUAUCGCACACCUUAACGCAAUAAAAACGCUGACUGUGGUGCGGCCUCGCUUCCAUUUUUACUUUGCCGUUCCUUUCCUUCCAUCUUCCAACAUCAUCACAUCGGUCCUUCUGGGUUGACAGUCACUACCGACCGAUAUCGCUAAGUGUCACGACCCAAUGGCAAUAGAUAACAAGACGAAACGCAAAGAGCUCCUUGCUCAAUUGAGAGAGCUGCCUCCCCAGAACAGAGCAGAAGACGUCAGCGCCCUCCUGGAAGCUAGGCGCCGUGGAGAGAAGAGACGACCAAGUCGAAUCUGCGGCGACCUCCUCCCGUUUCGUUACGCUAAAGACCGAGAAGUCGACUUGGGGGACAGCAUCGUCUCCAUAUCGGUGUUUGCCAAUCUUGCGCAUUAUCUUUCGAAGCAAGACGUGUUAGCCCUCGUCCGGGAUGCUUCUCUGUUUGAGAAGGCCAAAGAGUCGUUGAAAGACGAGAAGCUUCCGUCGUCGUGGUCGGAUUGUCUCCGGGAAUGGAGCACAACGAACCCAGAACUGGGGUUGGAGUUCUACUGUGAGAUACGAGGUAUGAAGGCGAAUCCUCGGAAGCGAGGAACUGACACUCCAGCUCCUGAACCAAAGAGGCAUUGUGUGAUCCUGCCAGAGACCCGCGAUGAUGGUGCCCAGGAUCAUCCGCCACCCGCCAACGUUGGGCACGUCAGCGAACAGCCGAAAUCCGGGCCCAGUGUUUCUGGAGCUAUCUCGACAAACGUUACGACACCGCCGUCUGCGUCUGGGCCAGGCACGCAGCAGGACCUUGGCCGGGUGGCAGACAACACUAUCCCAGUUGAUCAAAGUCAGCCGGCUGACACGGGUGAUCGUGAGACCCGGAAGAACUAUCCAGCACUGACGCCGGAGGCGCAAAAAAAGAUCAUGACGAUGACCUUGUCCCGUUGCCAUGUGGUCGUCUACCCUGUGGAAGUUUUUUCUGAGUUGAUUCGACAGGCGAAACAAGAUGUAUGUUUCUAUCGCCAAGAUGCCGGGGCGCAUAGCUAUCGCUCGUCUGGUCUUGGACCCAGUGCUGGCCAAUUCUACAUCCAAGCCUCCCAAGAGCUUCUGAAAGAUGUAGGACAGCUUCAUGAAAAUGGAGAUGAUUUCGUAGUGCCGUUGUCUCUAGUGACACGUUUGUUCGCAGCUGGAGGGAGCAGUUAUGCAACUUCAAUAUUCUGGCCUACUAGGGGCAACAUCACCCAUAUUAGAAAGGGUUGCGACGUUGUGUGGGAGUCGGCUCCAGCCUGGAUACCUUUCUUGAACCACCUGCGGUCCAAACGAGCCAACAUACCCAAACUAUCUUUGUUGCAUACCAUGCUUUUGUCGUACCCGGCUGGCAAGGAGACACGAGUCUCCAAGCCCUUUACUCCUCUUUUAGCGCUUUCUUCCUCCUGAUAUACUCCACCUGAGCAUU